CUGGUGGAAAGGGCAGGAAGAAGGACUCUGCAUAUGAUAGGCCUUGGAGGGAUGGCUGUUUGUUCCAUGCUCAUGACUGUUUCUUUGUUAUUAAAGGAUACCUAUAAUGGGAUGAGCUUUGUCUGUAUUGGGGCUAUCUUGGUCUUUGUGGCCUUUUUUGAAAUUGGACCAGGCCCCAUUCCCUGGUUUAUUGUGGCCGAACUCUUCAGCCAGGGCCCCCGCCCAGCUGCGAUGGCAGUGGCCGGCUGCUCCAACUGGACCUCCAACUUCCUAGUCGGAUUGCUCUUCCCCUCUGCUGCUCACUAUUUAGGAGCCUACGUUUUUAUUAUCUUCACUGGCUUCCUCAUUACCUUCUUGAUCUUUACCUUCUUCAAAGUCCCUGAGACCCGUGGCAGGACUUUUGAGGAUAUCACACGGGCCUUUGAAGGGCAGGCGCAAGGUGCAAAUAGAUCUGGGAAGGACGCCGUCAUGGAGAUGAACAGCAUCCAGCCUCCUAAGGAGACCACCAGCAAUGUCUAAGUCAUGCCCCCUUCCACCUCCCUCCCAGCAUGGGAAAGCCAUCUCUCCCUGAACAAGGGAGAGACCUCAUCAGGAUGAACCCAGGAUUGCUUCUGAAUGCUGCCACUUGGUUCCUUUCUCGUCCCACGCACUCCAUGAGCACCCCAAGGCUGUUUGUUGGACUUCCAAUGGCUUUUUAAAGAUUUUAUUUUCUGGACAUUCUCUUCUGCUUAGGAGAGACCGAGUGAACCUACCUUCAUUUCAGGAGGGAUUGGCCACUUGGCAUAUGACAACUUUGCCAGCUUUUCCUCCCUUGGGUUCUAAUAUUGCCGCAUUAGGGGAUACAGGAGAAGAAAAGUAAGGUGCAGUUCCCCCAACCUCAGACUAACCAGGAAGCAGAUGCACAUAUGAGUGUGGAAGGCAGAGGGGGUUUAUGUAAGAGCACUUUCCUCACUUCGAUACAGCUCUACACGGCAAAUUAACUUGAGUCUUAUUUAUUUCAUCCUCUGGUUUAAUUACAUAAAUAUUUAUUUUUUAAGUGUAAUUUUGCCAGAUAAUAAAAACAGAAGGAAAUUAAGAUUAGAGGGAGGUGUUUAAAGAGAGGUUAUAGAGUAAAAGAUUUGAUGCUGGAGAGGUUCAGGUGCAAUAAGUAGAAUUUAGGGAGAAAUGUGGUUCAUUAUUGGAGGGUAAAUGAUGUGGUGCCUGAGGUCUGCAUGUUACCGCUACCAGUUUCUGUCUUUCAGAUGGAAACUCUUUAAUUUCUCAGAAAAGUUGUAUGCCUAUUUAAUAAAGCCACUGAUUUCCUUUGGAAAUUUAAGGUAAUAGUUUACAUGUAGUAGUACUUGAAGUCUAGGAUUAUUAACUAAUAUGGGCAUUGUAGUUAAUGGCAGUUGAUGGGUUCUAACUUUGGACGGAGUUGAGGGAAGGGAAAGUGAUUUCUAGAAAGCCUGUUCCCCUCACUGGACGAAGUAACUCCUUCUUCUUGUAGUAGUCUCAUGACUUUUGAAGUAGUCUGCCACCUAUCUUGUGGGAGCCAUCCAAAUGAGAAACCUAAAAUAAUUGGUUCUUGGCAGAGAUUCAUUAUUUCUCUACUGUGUUCUUUAGGAGAUUUUAGGUGUUGAUUUUCUGUUUUAUUUUAACUCAUACCUUUAAAGGAAUUCCCCAAAGAAUGUUUACAGCAAACUUGGAAUUUGUAACUUUAGCUCUGGGAGAGGAUUUUUUUCUGAGCGAUUAUUAUCUACAGUGUGUUGUGGCUUUAGGGUCACGGCACGCUUGCGUAUGUCUGUUACCAUGUCACUGUGGUCCAAUGCCAAGUGCCCUUAGGGGACUUGAAUCUUUCCAAUAAACCACGUUUGAGAUAGCAUGAGUCAAUGUGCAGUGUAGCCACACUUGAGAGGAUGAAUGUAUGUGCACUGUCACUUUGCUCUGGGUGCAAGUACGUUAUUGUUGACUUAUUUUCUCUGUGUUUGUUCCCACAGCCUCUUUUUCAUAUGUUGCUCAAUCUCCCUUUCCCUUUUUGGUGCUUACACAUCUCAGAACCUUUAGCCAAACCCUUGCCAAUGACAGUAUUUUGGUUCUCAGUUCUCACUGUUGCCUCUGCUCAUGGAGCUUUUGAA